AUGGCAAACUUCAUUCGCCAUAUAUAUUUCGAUCCACUAUCUUCACCCACAUUUUCUUCUCCUCUCCUCUCUUCAAAUACUUUCUCCCAAAUCUACUACUGGCAAGUUCAGUCCAACUACAACAUCGUCAACCUGAAGCUUUCAAGCUACAUCAAAGCAAUGGACACCUUUCAAACUCUUCCGAUCGAGAUACGGGCCGAGAUCCUUAUCUACUUGCACGACCCAACCUAUAUUACUUCUCUCAUCGAGGCAUCUCCUUCUAUGCUUGCGGCAUACAAAGCGAACAGGAAUUACAUACGACGCAUAUUCUACGAGAAUGAAUUUGGCAAGGUAUUGAUGCAAGACGCGCUGGGCAUCAUUCUGUGUCCUACCUGUGAAGUCAAUGCACCGUACAUUUUUCAAUCGAUCAAAACACACGUCAAGCUUUGGCGAUCUCAGAAAUUGGCAUACCCUAUCGAUAAAAGCCCCAGUACCAUAUUGGAGUCACUCGAUAGACUCUAUGACCGUCUGCAUCAACAGAUUCAAGAAUUCCUCACGACGCCGAAAAUAGCAUGGCGCCAUUGCUUCUGCUACUUCAUGCCUCCGGCUAGAAGCUACUACGAAGUGUUUAGACUUAACAGCUCUACUAAGACCUCCAUGCUUGAUGGUUUAAGCAGUCGUGAAAAGAAACAAUUUUACGUUGUUUUCCUGCGGCUACUGCUCAAUGACGCAUUGAAAGUCUAUGCAAAUUCCCACCUCCAAACGUAUCCAACUACUGAAUAUGAUUUACGGAGAACUACCAUCAACAUAGGGUUUGUUUCUGUGCCGUAUAGCACUGACAAUAUUUGCAAAAACUUUUUCACUUUAUGA